UCGAUCCUUCAUCACAUCCUCACAAGUGACGAUGCGUAUCUUGUUUGUCCUUGCCGUUGUUGUUGCUUUGACAACAUCUAUAUCUGCCAGUGACACCGUCACGGUGACUGAAAGCGACAGUUGUGUCUUCUGGUGCGCCUUCAAUUGGGGUUGUACACUUGUUGAAGGUUGCCCCCACCGGACUUGCGUGAGUAUGAGUAGUUUGCAUCCAUACUUAAUUGCAUGGCUUACCAGCUGGCAGUAUCUCUUUGUAUGCAGCUAGUGCGGUAGUGAGUCGUAUUUUUGUUUUCACAUCGGCGCAGUAAGGUUGAUGGCACGACGCGUGGGUUACCAGUAGUGUCACGGUGUUGACGGGUUGAUCAACGGAUUUGCAAUUUUAUGACCGCUUGAGCAAUAAAGAUAUCUUGGAAUAGAGGAUUCGCAGAAUGAUGUGUUACAUUUCGAGAGUUACCGAGAACGGUCGGAGAGGUAGUAGUCAA